CUUGAUCUAUGACUACACCUUAAUGAAUUAAGUUUGAAUGAACUUUGCGGGUUAAAGUGCUCAUACUGAACUCCACUCGUUUAAAGCCUAAAUCUGUAAACACCACCUAAUUUUUCUUGAGAGCCCAGCAUUUAUCAUUUCAGUAUUUCUUGAAAAAUAUAUCAAAUCUUCAUAUUUUCAGUUAAAUUUUUCUUCAUCAAUACUAACCCUAACGAUGUUUUUUUAACAAUUUUUUUCCUCUUACAAACCCUCAAUAUUCAAUUUAUUCUCAAUUUCCCCCAAAACCCAUGCAUCUCUGCACAUUCUACCUCUUUCCUAUAUAAUCUCUCCCUUCUCCCCCCAAAACCCCAAAACCCCAAAACCCCUAAAACCCCAGUCACUAAGCCCUCUUCCCAGCCAACCCCCUAUACGUGGCUUAAGCUUCAGAAAACCCACUUUUUGUACUGAGAAAUCGGGGUUUUGGGCUGAUGAGUGAGAAGAGGUGGGGUUUUAGGAGGCAGAUUGGAAGGGAAGGUGAAAGGAGAGGUGAAGGGGUGAGUAAUGGGGUUGAGGGGUUGAGGGGAUGUGGCUGAGAAGAGAGGGGUAUAAUGGUGUGAUGGGUAGUGUGGAAUGAUGGUUUUUCUAGGGGUUUUUGAUGGAAUUUUUAGUAUAUUUG